AUGAGGGUAUUCAGAACUUCCAUCUUGGCGGCGAGUGCCUUGUUUGCCUUGGCUGUCCAUGCUGUGGAUAAUGGAUUGGCCAUUACGCCUCAGAUGGGCUGGGACAAUUGGAACGCCUUCGGGUGCUCCGUCUCGGAAGACCUGCUUCUCCAAACCGCAUCACUCAUCGUCGAUUACGGCCUCAAGGAUCUAGGAUACCACUACGUGAUCCUCGACGACUGCUGGUCCGUCGGCCGCAACGCCAGUGCCAACAAUUCCCUCGUCGCCGACCCGGAGAAAUUCCCCAACGGCAUGGCGGCUGUGGCGGACCAUCUGCAUAGCCUGGGUCUGGGCUUCGGUAUGUAUUCUGAUGCCGGCAAGUAUACGUGUGGGAUGUAUGCAGGGAGUCUGGGGUAUGAGACGGUGGAUGCGCAGACGUGGGCGGAUUGGGGAGUGGAUUAUUUGAAGUAUGAUAAUUGUUAUAAUGAGGGAUACGCGGGGAAUCAGCAGCUUAGUUCAGCGAGGACUAUGGGCGAUGCGCUCAAUGCUACUGGACGUCCGAUCCUGUACUCGCUAUGCAAUUGGGGCGAGGAUUAUCCUUGGAAUUGGGGCUCUACUGUUGCGAAUAGCUGGAGGAUCUCGGGGGAUGUGUAUGAUAAUUGGGAUACAUAUGAUGCGAGAUGUCCUUGUGAUGGACCUGAUGCUUGGAACUGCGAACUUCCGGGCUUUCAUUGCUCGAUUACGAAUAUCAUGAACAAGGCAUCUUUCAUUGUGUCCAAAGCUCAACCUGGCGCGUGGAACGACCUCGAUAUGCUAGAGGUCGGGAACGGAGCAAUGACUGAUGCAGAAUACGUUGCUCAUUUCAGCAUGUGGGCCGUGGCAAAGAGUCCUCUGAUCAUGGGAAACGACAUCCGAAGCAUCGCGCCCAAAGACCUCUCAAUCCUGUCCAACGCCGCCGUGAUAGCCAUCAACCAAGACCCCAGCGGUAGCAGUGCAGCCAGACGCUGGAUGUACGAAACGAACGAUGACAGCAACGGCAAAGCCGCUCUGCAAAUGUGGUCUGGGAGUCUAAAGUCCACAACCGGUGGAGACUAUUCAGACAUGGUAGUUCUGCUCGUAAACGGCGCCAACGCCCCAACAGUAAUGAACGCAUCACUAGCAGAUAUAUUCAUCGACAGCGGACCUUCCGGUACAGCCAAGCAAGUGAAGAUGUCCUGGGAGGUGUAUGACUUAUGGGCAAACCGCAUGUCGGAUGACGAGGCUUCUGCCAUAAUCUCCUCUUCUUCGGCUACAGGCAAUGCAACGACCGGGUAUAACGCUACGACUGUCGGUGCAGGGAGAUAUAAUGCUACGAGAACCAGUUACGCGGAGGGCUUGGCGCAGAAUAGCUCGCUGUUGUUGGGGAAUCUGACGACGACGGUUCAGCCUUCAGGCACUAUUGUCGCGACGGUGGACCCACACGGGGCUGCGUUGUUUAGAAUCAGAGCUCUUCCCACAGCGGUGCGGAAGAGAGACGAGCUGUAG